GCGAAACAGAUUCAUACUGAAACAAUCACUGUCCACUACGUUUCACUGAUUUACAAUAAAACGAAAAUGAUCAAGCAAAUGAUCUUUCUUGGAUUAAUAGCAUUUGCUGUUUCUUAUCCGCACAUCGAUGCUAAUGCAGAAGACGCCGAAGCAUACGGAGCGCAGGUUUUCAGAAACGAAGAGCAGAUUUUCCGGCCUAGAAGAUUUGUAGGUCACGUGAACCGUCCGAGGCCAGGACAGACGUGGUCUCCGCCGAAUCCUAAACCUCAAGGACCACAGACUUCUAUCAAUCCAAGCAUUAACACCAACAAAGCUGGCACCACCAAUGUCGGUGUCGAUGUCAAGCACGAAAGACCAGGUGCUAAAAUCCAAGCACACAUUGAUCAGAACGUUAAGGGGCCAGGAAAAUCCGGAAAACCUAACUGGAACGUACAUGCUCAGAUCGAUUAAACUGUUUUUUUUUUGUAUUAAUGUUUAAUAAAGAUAUAUAUUUUCCUUAA